GACAAGACGACACAGAAUGCCGAGCAUAAGACUAAAUCAAUGUGUGCUUCUGGGCCUGAUGCUUCUUUGCCUCCAGUGCCUUAAUUUGCCCACCACUGAGGCACGUUGGACCAUUCGUCCACGUCGGACCAGCACAACGACCAGCACUACGCCAAGAACGCCACCUAGAAGGACUACAAUUAAAACAGAUACAGAUCGUCGCCAUCAACUCAUCCAUCAUUGGCCACCAUUGGUGGCACCAUCAGCUCCAGCACCAGCUCCAGCUCCACCUCCAGCUCCCAUUCAACAACCAUCGACGGACAACAGAUUGAUUACGCUAAUCGAUGCAUACGAUUAUCGGCAUGCAGAUGGACGCUUUGAAUACAGAUAUGAACUAAGCAAUGGAGAUACACGUUAUGAACGGGCUUAUUGGCUGCCCAUUGGCUACGAACGCUCUGUGCUGGCCCGCACAGGUUACUACUCGAUUCCCUUGCCCAAUUCACAAUACUCGACCAUUUUCUACACGGCCGAUAAUCGAGGCUUCCGGGUGGAUAAGCAAACAUUAACCGAUAAGCAACCGCUGUUGCCACGCAGCCUUGAAGUGCCCGUGGCCAUAGAUCCGGCGAGUUCCAUACGCAACCAAAAUGAGACCCAGUCAGAGCUAAAGCCGGAUCCAGAGCAACAUGUUGAUGCAUUUCAAGUUAGAAUUGAGCUGCCAAACGAAGUUCCAACUGGAAACAAAAUUGAAACAGACUCUGAAACAGAAAUAGAAACCGAAACCGAAACUCAGCCAUCAACUGUAGCCGUAACAGAAGCCAUGGAUAGCUUUGGCAAUGAUGAUGACGAUUACGAUGAGGAUGUUGAUGAUUCCGUCUAGAUGAGGAUGUGCGGAUGACUCUGGUAUAAAUGUGCGUGUGUAUGUUUGUGUGUGUG